CUUACUAAUAAUAUAGGUGGCGGUAAUGCGCUGUCUGUUAACUCUCGAUGAGGGGAAAAAUUUGUCCAAGCAGGACUCCGUACGUGCGCACGCAUUCAGAAGAAAACAUGGCGGCCACCCUGGCAAGGAGGGUGUCAGGCCUUGUGAGGCCGCUGUCUGUCUCGCUGUGUGCCAGGACACCACAGCUUUGUCAGCUCUCCAGCCUCAUCCAGCCUCCAGCUCUCUACAACUCCGCUGCAGUCGCUGUCCGAGCUCCUCUGCGGGGUGCAGUGUGUCUGACACCCCGGUACAACAUCCUACAACGGGUGUCGCCACUUAUUCCCAGUCUGACUCAGCAGCCAUGCCGAAGUCUAACAUACUACAGUGUGAAGAAGGGCAAGAGGAAGUCUGUCAACUCUGUGAAAGACAGGUUCAUGAGGCUGCAUUGUGGCCUUUGGAUCAGACGCAAGGCUGGAUACAAGAAAAAACUGUGGAAGAAGCUGCCCGCCAGACGAAAGCGCCUGAGGGAGCAUGUGUUCUGUAACAAAACACAGAGCAAGCUUUUGGAUAAAAUGACAACCUCUUUUUGGAAAAGGAGGAACUGGUAUUUGGAUGAUCCAUACCUGAAGUACCACAAUCGGGUCAACCUCAAAGUGUAAAUUGCUGAUUCAUGUAGUGACAUAAUGGUUUUCUGUUUGAGUAUAAUGUAAUAAAGUUAUAUAUGUAGGGAAGUCA